UAAGGCAGCCACUGAGAGUUGUGCUACUCAUGAUGUUUUUGAACUGUGACACGGCCCCAUUCCACUCCCCCGGGGCGGUGAGGGCACAGCUGACGCACAGGAAAAGCCACCGGGACAGAGCUGGGGCAGCAUAAAGCGUGGGGCAGACGGCAGCCACGCCUGGGGACAUCGCCAACAGCUCAGGGGCCACUUGCACAGCAUGUCGCAAUGGAGUCAAGUUCAACAACUGGAAAUAAAGUUUUUAGAACAAGUUGACCAGUUCUAUGAUGAUAACUUUCCCAUGGAAAUCCGGCAUCUGCUGGCACAAUGGAUAGAAAGCCAAGAUUGGGAGGCUGCAUCCAACAACGAAGCAAUGGCAACCAUCCUUUUACAGAACCUCCUAAUACAAGUGGAUGAACAGCUAGACCGGGUUUCACAAGAGAAGAACCUUCUCUUGAUACACAACCUGAAAAGAAUCAGAAAGCUGCUUCAGGGGAAAUACCAUGGUAAUCCCAUGCAUAUAGCAGUGAUCAUCUCAAACUGCUUAAGAGAAGAAAGAAGAAUAUUGGCUGCAGCCAGCAUGCCCGUGCAGGGACCACUGGAAAAGUCUUUGCAGAACUCUGUGGUUUCAGAGAGACAAAGAAAUGUGGAGCACAAAGUGUCAGCCAUUAAGAACAGCGCCCAGAUGACUGACCAAGAUGUCAAAUACUUGGAAGACUUGCAAGAAGAAUUUGACUUCAGGUAUAAAACAAUACAAAGUUUAGAGCAGAGCGACAAAAACAGCGCCCUCAUUAAACAGGAAAUGUUGGCGUUGCAGGCGAUGCUCAAUACGUUAGACUACAAGAGAAAGGAAGUGCUAAGUAAAAUAGGCCGUGUCAUCCACGAAAUUGAUAUGCUCAUGAGCAACAUGCUGACCGAGGAACUGCUGGACUGGAAGAGACGGCAGCAGAUUGCAUGCAUCGGGGGUCCCCUCCACGGGGGGCUCGAUCAGCUCCAGAACUGUUUUACGCUGUUGGCAGAGAGUCUUUUUCAAGUUAGAAGGCAACUGGAAAAACUGGAUGAGCUGUUGACCAGACUGACAUACGAUGGGGAUCCCAUCCCAGUACAAAGACCUCAGCUGCUGGAAAAGGUCAAUUUCCUGCUCUACAACCUCUUCCGCAAUUCAUUUGUGGUUGAAAGGCAGCCCUGUAUGCCAACACACCCCCAGAGGCCAAUGGUUCUUAAAACGUUAAUACAGUUCACUGUAAAAUUAAGGUUGCUAAUUAAAUUGCCAGAGCUGAACUACCAGAUCAGAGUGAAAGCAACUAUCGACAAGAAUGUUUCAACAGUGAGCAAUCGUAGAUUUGUUCUGUGUGGAACACACGUGAAAGCCAUGAACAUGGAUGAGUCGGCAAAUGGCAGCCUGUCAGUAGAAUUCCGACACCUGCAGCCGAAAGAAAUGAAAUCAAGUGCUGGAAGCAAAGGAAAUGAGGGCCCUCAUAUGGUGACUGAAGAGCUGCACUCCAUCAGCUUUGAAACACAGGUCUGCCUGUAUGGACUGACUAUCAAUUUGGAAACGAGCUCUUUGCCUGUAGUGAUGAUUUCCAAUGUCAGCCAGUUACCCAAUGCAUGGGCUUCUAUUAUUUGGUACAACCUAUCAACCAACGACCCUCAGAACUUAUCUUUCUUUAACAACCCCCCUGCCGCCACUCUAAGUCAGCUCUUAGAAGUACUGAGCUGGCAGUUUUCAUCCUAUGUUGGCCGUGGACUCAAUUCCGAGCAACUCAACAUGCUGGCAGAGAAACUUAUGGGGCAACAGGUCAGUUACAGUGACUACCAGCUCUCCUGGGCAAAGUUCUGCAAGGAACAUUUACCUGGCAAGUCUUUUACCUUUUGGAUUUGGCUUGAAGCUAUACUGGACUUAAUUAAAAAACACAUUCUUCCUCUUUGGAUUGAUGGGUACGUAAUGGGAUUUGUAAGCAAAGAGAAGGAACGAAUUUUGCUCAAAGACAAGACACCAGGAACAUUUUUAUUAAGGUUUAGUGAAAGCAAUCUGGGUGGAAUUACCUUUACUUGGGUGGAUCAGUUAGAAAAUGGAGAAGUGACAUUCCAUUCAGUGGAACCCUACAACAAAGGCCGCUUAGCUGCGCUGCCCUUUGCUGACAUACUGCGAGAUUACAAAGUUAUCAUGGCAGACAACGUUCCUGAAAACCCUCUGAAGUAUCUGUACCCAGACAUUCCCAAGGACAAGGCCUUUGGCAAACACUACAGCUGUCAGCCGAAUGAAGUCUCAAAACCCUCAGACGGAGGAGUCAAAGGUUACGUUCCUUCUGUAUUUAUCCCAGUCUCCAAAAUCUUAAAUGACUCUACAGAUCCACAUUCUCCAUCAGAUCUUCUUCCAAUGUCUCCAAGUGUUUAUGCUGUGCUGAGAGAACAUCUGAGUCCCACAGCCAUCGAAACUGCCCUGAGUUCUCCUUACUCAACUGACUGAAGUUCACGUAUUGGAAAAAUAAGCAAUUGCGUGGACACUGCAUGGGUUAGAAGCAUAAUAAAUAUCUUCUCUGCCAUCACUGUAAAUCACUAUUUCCUGGAAACCAUUACGAUGCUAUUGUUGGGCCUCCUCCUGUUCUCAGUUCCACGUAAAACAGACAUUUUCUUCCUAGAGGUUACACAUAGCCAUCUGAGACUGCUACCUACACUGAUAAAAGGCCAAAUCCAUUCCCACUCACAGGUCAUUUGAUUCCAGUGGGGUCCAGUAGGUAUGAGUUUCUACCCGCAGAAUUACUGACCUUAGAAUUGUAAAUAAAACAGUAUAAGAACAGAUAUUUUCUUUUUUUCUUCUGAUAACAGCAUAUAAGAACAACUAAAGACUUUAAGGUACUUGAGGAAAUCAGUUUAUAUUACAUUUGCUUAAUCAUCUCUUUAUAUCCCCUCAGUUUAGCUUCUAUUUUAAAGUGCAGAUUCUCACCCUCCAAAUUCAGUUACAUCCAGGGCUUAUUUUUUCCUCAAGAUGAGCCACCUCGAGCACAGACUAUCACCACAGCAGAAGUUCAGAGUCUCAUCUGAUGAGCAGGAUAACUGGUUUUACACUGCCUUUGAAAAACAUUUCCUUAUGCUUAUUUUGGCAUAGAUUAAUGUUGGUUCAUCUGUUUGUUUUUCCCAGUAUUAUCCCUCAACAUUCUGUUAAUAGAAUAAUAAAAUGGCCGUUCCAGGGCCGUUGUCUUACACGCAUGCAGCCUCAUUCAGAUUUAACUCGUGUGCAAAAUAAAUGGCUAAUGCAUACAAAGUUCUUAGAACACACAAACAUCAGUAAAAUGAGCUGCAGAUGCUCAAGUGCAAAUAAUACAGACACUUGGGAUGAAAACAAUCCCCUUGCAUCAGUCAGACCUAGAUUUCAGUUUCAUUUCUCUUCCUUACCUCCCCCCCCCCACCCACCCAUACCAUUGACGUUAGCAAGCAACAUCUCUGUUAGAAUGGAAAGAAAUUCUUUUUGGGCAUUGCUGAAAUAUCAGACUAGAUAUUGAAUGACCAAACAUCUCUGUAGUUGAUCAGUUUCAGUGAUUCCAAGCUAGCUGCAGAAUCAUAUUUCUUCUCGCAAAGCAUCUCAUAGAAAUUAUUUUCCCAUAAACAAUGACUACUGUGUAUAUAUGUCUAAAAACAACUGUAAUUUAUAUGACCAGUACGAAUAAAAAGAGUUUUUGGCUUAAAGUUGGA